AUGAACUCCCAGAGCGCCCCCGAGCCCGGGACAAACGCAUCUCCCGGAGGAAGAGGAGCCGGCUCUCGCCUAGGCACGAAGGGACGCGCGCUCCCUGCGUUUGAGAUAUUCGAUGCACGGUAUAAACAAUGACUUAAACACUCCGACUCUGGGCCCCCAGCAGAGGAGUGCAGACCAGCGCCGCCGCGCGCAGGAUGUGAUGUCACUGAGAUGCACGGGACGCUUGUGCAAUAAACAUUUACUAAGCAUCUACUUCGUGCCGUACGCCGAGCUGGUAGGUUUAUGAAACGCCACUCUUGGCUCCAAGGAGCUCAGUAGAGGAGGAAAGAGAGUCAAACAGUUGGGUACAAUAUUUAACUGCGACAAUGAAGUGGAUGCGGAGAGCUGGUGGCACAAAAAAGAAGCAAAUUUUAGUGUUGGAGCGUCGGAAAAGUCACCGUAGAAAAGUUUAGGGGCUGACCUUGGAAAACAAGCUCUUCAGUAGACUGGGAGAGCACAGGUCCGUCAAAUAUUUGUUGGAUAAAUUAAUUUCGGGCAGGCGUCAAAGUGUGGCAAUGGACGCGGAAGGAUGGCAAAUAAUUGUGUAACUGGACUAGUUCAUGGCCAACCUCGACCCAGCGUCAAAUUCUAAAGAAAUGUACAUCUGACAUCCAUAAAGCCUUGACAAAAUAACUAAACCUAUGGGGAGCUAAAGGGGAGGGGAGAUGGCAAAACGUCCUAAAGAUCUUAAUCCAUUUAUCUCUCCAUUUACUCUGACAGCUGCUUCUCUCAAAUCUCUUCUUUCUCAAACAAACUUUAUUACCACCUCCAUCCCCCAGCAAGAAAAUAGCUGUGGGAACUGGCCUCUCUCUACCCUCCCCUGCCACUCAGGUUUUCACCUCCCAUCUUCUUUCAAAUCUAUUCAAAUCAAUCCCUUUCUUCCCUUCUUCCUUUUCUUUCUGUUUUUGUGGGAGUGGGGGUGGUUCCAGCUAUGUUCAAGCAUUACCCAAUUAGCACCUCCAAGGAUCCUACUCAGAAAGCAAGAGAGACUGAACGCGUGUAUACAAAAACAUUUUGUUCUUUCACAAUAGCCAAUAUUUAUUGUUAACUCUAAACCAGGCCGUAUGCUUGGCACUUUAUAUGCUAUUAUCUACUUGUGAUAAGAAUUAUUUUUAAUCAUCAUUUGACAGUUGAAAAAAACAUUGGGUUUUUGCCCAAUGCCUCAAAGCUGGAAUGUAGCACAGUCAGGUCUGACUCCAGAGCUAAAGAAAUAGGAAGAGACCAGAUUGUGAAGGCCUUUGUAUGUCAUGCUCCACGUCUUGACUUUAUCCUACAAGAAAUGGGUAGCCUUUUAGGGAUGUUGAACAGGGGAAUAGUGUGAUGAGAUCUGCCUUUUAGAAAAGUCCCUCACUCACUCAUACUUUAGAAAAGUGUGUAUCAAGAAUAGAUUACAGGGGCUGGCCAAGUGGCAUAGUGGUUAGGUUCAUACUCUCUGCUUUGGCAGCCCCGAGUUCAGCCCAGGUUGACAGG